CCCACGGCACAGCUGGCAAAUAGCGCGACUGCCGCCACAGUCAUCACUGAUCUGUGAUAUCACUUUACUGCGCAGCCACGGAAGAUAAAAGGAGAGCAGAUGCACGAACAAGACAUUCAUUUCAAGCAGCUUCCAUUCAGCAAAUUCAAGCUCUCUCACCGCUCAAAACAGCCACCUUUCUCUCCGUCACCAAACACCAACCAGCAAUCAUGCCUCUGGGUUCAGCUGAGCAGCAGGCCAAGGGUGAGUCCACCCAGAAGUCGGCCGAGGCCGAGAGGGGCACCAAGGACUUCAAGACCAACGUGCAGGAGACUUUUGAGAAGGCCAAGGCCAACGUCCAGGCCGUCGGUGACAAGAUCAUGCACCCCUCCGACCAGGGCAGGGCAGCUGCUGAUGCCGAGAAGGAUGCCAAGAAGGCUCAGGUUGGGGCUCAGGCUGGGGCAGAGAGGACUGGACAUCAAGCUGAGGAGACUGGCGAGAAGGCCAAGGGUUUCUUCCAGAAGAACAACCCCCUCGCAUAAGUGCAGAGCAAAAGUUUUGUGACAGUCAGUUCGUCACAGGUGCCUAUUUUUGACAGUCUUUAGUGUCUAGCUAGGGUUCUGACAGGUAAAUUGGUGAAAGAGACAUAUCUUGUAAACAGUGUUUAAAUUGUAUUGUGAAUGUGACUAAACAGUAAUACAAUCCUGUGUAACAAUUGUGGAAGGAUCUAAUUCUUCAACUGAUUGUGACCAAAUCGUUUUCAUCAAUGGCAUUGAAAGAUCUUUUCAAAUGUGGCA